AUGAUAUGCAUGUGCCUCGUGUGUUGUGGAUGGUACAGCCUUUGUGGCAUGAAGGCCAAGGAGUGCUUGGAAAUGUUCCAUCUUAAAAUGGGUUCGCUGGGACGGCCCUGGCAAGUAAGCAAGGGUAGCAAGGCGAGCAGCCCCUUGCAAUGUCAAUGUCAAUCUCUUGUUCAGAAUGUAGUUGGUGACACGGUCUCCAUUGGAAACAAGUUUCUGACAUCCGGAACAACCGAAGGAGAAGUUUGGACCCAGCACUUCGGCUGCUUACAACAGAAGACCUCUUUGCCCUGCCACUGGCUACAUUGA